CUUCAAUUGUUGUUGGUAUUUACUAUGGACGCAGCAUUUGUCCCUUCAGAGAUCGUAGUCAAGCAUUUUGUUACACACAAAUUCGUCUUGGAGUUUGGUCCGUCUAUUACCAGUUUAGGAAAGCCAAUUCGGAACGUGAUACUCUUUGCGAUUGGCAUAUAUUGCAUUCGUGAUAUCGUGCGCGGGUCAUUGCAAGCUGUCCUCAAGAGAAGCCGGGGAGACACAGAUAGUUGAAAUACCCAGCCUAAAUUCACCCUUCUGAAUCCCCAUCUAUGAACUCUGCUGGCACGAGGUAAUAGUCAAUUGGAGCUCGGCUCAAGCUUGUUGAAGAUGGUUUUCUGCAAGGCGCCUCUAUCUUCUCUUGCCUCUGCUAUCUUCUUUGCUUAUGCGCAAGCUUCAUAUCUCCAAAAUGACUUGAGCUUUGGCCAUACCAACGAUAAGAUAUCUCCUAAUCUUCGAGCCAUUCCCAACUGGCAUUUACUUGGGAAGCCAGAUCCUCCAGAGAUCCUCUCGAACAAGGUUGUCCUUACCCCACCUGCUCCUGGGAACCAACGCGGGGCAAUAUGGUCUGAGAAAGUCGUGGAGCAUUCGAGUUGGACAGCAGAUAUCGACUUCAGAGCUACAGGUCCUGAAAGGGGAGGAGGGAAUCUGCAGAUAUGGUAUGCGAAGAAUGGACAGAACGAGAUUGGAACGAGCAGCAUUUAUACAGUGGGACGAUUUGAUGGAUUGGUCUUAUCGAUAGAUCAAUAUGCAGGUUCAGGUGGUUUCAUAAGAGGCUUCCUCAACGACGGCUCGAAUGACUACCAAUCCCACCACAGCGUAGAUAGUCUCGCAUUCGGCCACUGCGAAUACUCAUACCGCAAUCUGGGACGACCCUCUCGAAUCGCGGUCCGCCACUCGGACGAAGGUCUCCGAGUCCAAGUCGACGGCAUCAACUGUUUCGAGUCCACGAGAAUAAAGCUCCCACUUGGCUACAACUUUGGCAUCACAGCCGCCAGCGCAGAGAACCCCGAUUCCUUCGAGAUGUUCAAAUUCGUCACCACAACUGAAACACACACUCCAGACUACGUUGAUCAGUCAAAGCUCGGCCAAAUUCCAGAGAAUGCUGAUGCAAAUAAAGCUUGGGACCAGCAGACCAACCAAGUUCAAGAUAACCAGAACCAAAACCAAAAUCAAGGAGGAGAUAUCCCCUCAUUCAAAGACCCACCAGAGGAACCAGCAUCCAAGUUUCACAGCUCGGCGGAACAAUUCGCAGACCUGCACAACCGCCUCCAAAGCAUGAACAAGCACAUUGGCGCCCUAUCCCGCGAUCAAUCCAUGUACUCCCAACAAGCGAAUUCGCGGUACGACGAUCUGAACUCGCGAAUUUCUCGCAUUGAAGCAGCGAUUGAUAAACUGAGAGGUCUGAGCGACAAACUAGAUACCAUCCACUCAGAUGUCCGACAAACGAAGAGUGAUUUGCAUAAUGCCCUCGACAAACAUGUGGCUGGCCUGAGAGGAGAGGUUAGAAACACCCAUAGUGUGCUUGCGGGGACGUUGGAGGGUAUGGGAACGGGGGUGGGCAAGUUUGUGUGGGUGGUGUUGGGGAGUCAGGUGCUGCUUAUUGGGGCUUAUUUGCUCUAUAAGCGGAGGAAGGCGAACAGUCCUAAGAAGUACUUGUGAGGGGACCAGAGAGGGGUCGUAUGUAUCAUAUUGCUGUUUGGUAUCAAAUCAUGUAUUUUUUCAUCCUCGCUCGCGCCAAAAAAUAUGUAUGCAUCGUAUAGCAAAGUUUCCACCGCCGAG